AUGAAUACUCAACGAGAAGGAUCUUCAACUACUCGUCCACCUCUUCUAAUCGGCUCCAACUACUCAUACUGGAAAUCAAAAAUGAAGAUGUUUAUCAAAUCCAUAGAUGAGAGAGCAUGGCGCGCCAUCAUAACUGGUUGGACACCUCCCAUGAUCAAAGGAGAAGACAAAGAGGAAGUAUUCAAACCAGAAGCAGAUUGGAGUGAUGGAGAAAUACUACUCGCAAACUACAACUCGAGGGCCCUAAACGCAAUAUUUAGUGGUGUUGAUGAUAAUCAAUUUAAACUUAUAGCGUCAUGUGAAUCUGCAAAGAGAGCUUGGGAAAUUCUUCAAGUCACAUACGAAGGAACGUCAACUGUAAGGACAUCCAAGUUACAGAUGUUGGCCACCAAAUUCGAAAAUUUGAAGAUGGAGGAGAAUGAGACGAUCACUGACUUCCAUGCUAAAUUAUGUGAUAUCUCAAAUGAAUCAUACGCACUCGGUGAACCAUACUCAGAAAGCAAAUUAGUGAGAAAAGCUAUGCGCUCAUUACCUGAAAGAUUCGCUUACCGAAUUGCUGCCAUUGAAGAAGUCAGAGACGUUGACACGCUCAAACUAGACGAACUCAUGGGGAAACUUCUAGCACAAGAACUCAAUCAUGGUGAAAAUCAUCGUGAAAAGUCUAGAGAAAAGAAGAUAGCCUUUCAAGCAGAAACAUCAUAUGCAACGCCCCAAAAUUCGUCAACUCAAGAAGAUGAGCAAACAGUUGAAGAAUCCUUGGCACUACUAUCGAAAAAUUUUGGGAAAUUUCUCAAAAAGAUCGAAAAAAGGGGAAAUCUUCCAAGCACAGGGAAACCCGUGAAUUUUCAAAAUUCUAGGAGAAAUUCAAAUCAAGAUAACUCAGAGGAGUCAAAACCAAGAAGAAUACAAUGUCGAGAAUGCGAAGGCUUUGGUCACAUUCAAUCAGAAUGCGCAAACACCCUGAAGAAAAAGAAGAAAAUGUCACUUACUACUGGUUGGAGCGAUGAAGAAGAAUCUGAUGAUGACCAAGGAAACAACAAUCAAGUCACUAACUUUGUAGCAUUCAGCAGCAAAGUUCCUCUGGACAGCUCAGAAUCAACUGUUGCUUCAACUGUUGCAACAGACUGUGAAACAGAAUCCAGGUAUGAAAAUAUGUGUUCUGAUUAUGAAAAAAAUCUAAACGAAAAUUCUUCUUUUGCAGAGGAUCCGAACAGCAGCAGUGAUGAGGAAGAACCAACCUUGGAUGAAGUAAAGGAGGUAUAUGAAAAAAUGUACCAAAAAUGGCUCGACGUCGUUAAGGUAAAUAACUUCCUGGAAAAGGAGAAGUUUGUGCUUGUAGAGGAAAACAAGACACUAAAGGUAAGAAUCUCUACUCUUGAGGAAAGGGUCAUAUCUAGUGAUCAAGAGAAAAAUAGUUUGCAGGCUAAACUUACUCAAACUCAAGAAGCAAUUGCAAAAUUGAACUUGGGUAGAGGUAAUCUAGAUGAAAUCUUAAGCAACAACAAGCCAAACUAUAAUCGUCUAGCCAUAGGAGGGAGUCAGCUACCCAAAGUUGAUCUAAAGCGAAAGGAAGAUCAAAACAGAAAAAUCAACUUUGUUAAACAAGCUUCUGUCUCACAAACAGUUGCAACUGUUGAAGCAACGAAACACAAUUCAAAGAAAAGGUUUAUUCCCACUUGUUUUUUCUGUCAAAAUCCAGGUCACAUACGUCCUAGAUGUUUCAAAUAUUUAAAACUUGUGAAAAAGCUUGUGGCUCGUUCUCUUUACUCUGCUAGGGCUGAUUAUUUUCCUUCACCCUCUCAAAAACCCAAAAAUAAAAUUGAUAUUUCCAAUAGACCUCAGCAAAAAAUUUGGGUUGAAAAGUCCACGUUUAAAUGCUUAUCUGCGAUUACUUCUUUAAAAGCAAGUACUACUAAUGAUUGGUAUUUUGACAGUGGGUGUUCACGACAUAUGACCGGUGUUAAAGAGUUUCUGAAAAACUAUCAACAAAUCACCGGUGGAGCUGUUACCUUUGGAAACGGAAAAAAGGGUGAAGUGCUAGGGAAAGGAUCGCUAAAUCAUGAGAAUCUGCCAAAGCUGAAGAAUGUACUACUUGUAGAAGGACUCACGUCAAAUCUGAUAAGCAUCAGCCAGCUAUGUGAUCAAGAUCUUGAAGUCAGAUUCAACAAAUUCGCAUGUCGAGUAUUAGACAAAGACGAGAAUUGUGUUAUUCAAGGAACUCGAUCAUCUGACAACUGCUAUGUUCUUGUCUCUGCUGGACCACUGGAAGAGGAACCAACAAAGGAAUCGGAAAACAGCUCCAGUGUCGCACCAACAGUUCCAACAGUUGAUGCAGCCUCUACCAAUUCAGAAGAAAGUGACGUCAAUUCUGAAACAGGAGACGAAGCUGAAGUCAGGCCUCUCGAAUUGGAUGAUCAAACUCACAAGGAACCCUCAAGAAGAGUAAAAAAGAAUCAUCCAGUGGAUCAAGUCAUUGGCCCGGUAGAAGAAGGAAUUCAAACCCGAGGCUUUAGCGAUGCUGAUUGGGCAGGUGAUGCAGUCGAUCGAAAAAGCACAACUGGAGGAUGUUUCUAUCUUGGGAACAAUCUCGUGUCCUG